GCAGGCCACUUCCAUGUUCCAUUGAAAUAAACAAAUCCAAAUUCUUUUACCCACCGCCACUACGCCACUACGGACGCAGCAUAGGACCACGAGGCUCAUUUGCGUGCCGGCCAUUUAGUACGUGAGUCACUUGGUAGACAUUGUUUGCUAAUACUUCUUUUUUUUGAAAACUCGAAUUAGCACUACGCGGCAUCGAAAUGAGUACUGAAACCGURAACGCGUUGGUGUUUGACUAUCUGAACUCAUUGGAUCAGAACCUUGCAAACAUGUUCCAAACCAAGACUAAAGCCUCAAAACUGCAGAGAGGACAAACUAAAUUAACCCAGCUAAUAAAUGACCAUUUGAAGACUUCUAAAAAGACAAUUAAAUUACAGAAAAAUGGACCUUCUGUAGAUCAAAUAAUUAAAUUAAGUAAUGGUAAAGCAGCUGCUGUUGCUGAUGAAGAAUCUGAAGAAGAGAGUUCUGAUGAUGAAGAAGUUGUUGCGCCAAAGCCAAAGAUUAAUGACAAAAAAAGCAAGGCAGUAGUAAAAAAAGACGAAAGUUCUGAUGAAGAAAGUUCAGAUGACGAUGAUGAACCACCAGUAAAGAAAGCAUGUAUUGCUCCUGUUAAGAAGCCAGCUGCUGAGGAGGAAUCUAGUUCAGAAGAAGAGAGCUCAGAAGAAGAAACUCCUGCUACAAAAAAACCUGUUACUAAACCAGUUGUAAUGCCGCCUGUAAUUAAGAAAACUGCUGCAGAAGAAUCAUCAGAAGAUAGCUCUGAAGAAGAAAGUUCUGAAGAUGAAAAGCCUGCAGUAAAAAAAGCCCCUCAGGUACCUGUAAAAAAGGCUAAAGAAGAAGAAAGUUCAGAAGAGGAAAGUUCUGAAGAGGAAGCUGUAGUUAAAGUUCCAGCUAAAGUUGUUGCUACUAAAAAGGGAAAGACGGAGUCUAGUUCAGAAGAAGAAAGUUCUGACGAAGAAGAUACACCUGUAGUUAAGAAAACAGCCGCCCCUGUAGUUAAAAAAGCAGCUGCUCCUGUAACUGUGAAGAAAGCCCAAGAAUCUAGUUCUGAAGAAGAAAGUUCUGAAGAGGAAACUGUAGUUAAAACUCCAGCAAAAGCUCCCGUUCCUGCUAAGAAAGCUAAAAAAGAAUCGAGUUCUGAAGAAGAAAGUUCAGAAGAAGAAACUCCAGCUACAACCAAACCAUUGAAAAAAACUGUAACUAAACCAGUUAUUGCCAAAGAAGAAAGUGAAGAAGAAUCAGAUGAUGAUGAUGACGAUGAAGAAGAAGCAGUUAGCAAGACUCCAAGUAGUCAGAUCAAAAGUCAGCCGUUUGUUAAAGCAGCAAAUGGAGAUGAUGAAAAUGGUUCCGGCAACAAAUGGGGUGAAGACCGACAGGGAGGUUUUGGAGGUGGUAGAGGCAAUAGAGGAACUCGAGGAGGAUUUGGUUUUCGAGGUGGUCGUGGAGGCCGUGGAGGUUUUAAUCGUGAUGAUGAAAAUGGAGGAGGAAGAGGUGGAUUUGGCCGUGGUGGGGGUGGUGGUCGUGGGGRUGGUUUUAAACGUAAAUUUGAUGACUCAGGAGACGGUGAAGGUGGUGGUUUCAGAAAAAGUUUUGGAAGUGGUGAUGAAAAUGGUGGAGAACGCCGUAGUUUUGGAGACAAAAGAGGAUUUGGGGGUAAUAGAUUUGGUGGUGAACGAGGAGGAUUUGGAGGUCGUGGCGGUGGCGAUAGAGGCAGAGGAGGAUUUGGUGGUCGUGGAGGUGGCGGAAGAGGUUUUGGUGGACGCGGUGGUGGGGACCGUGGUAGAGGUGGUCGUGGUGGUGGUGGUGGAGACAGAUAUUUCAAUAAAAGUUUUGACUCUAAUAGUUCAACACCGCAAAACAAAAAAAUUAAAUUUGAUGAUUGAAAAGGUCAAUAUGAAAAUUGGGGUAAGAAAGCUGCUCUAGACUUACAAUACACUAAAGGAAAAUCAUUUAGACAUGAAAAAA